AUGCUUGAAAAAACGAAAUACAAUUUGGUAGACGAUGCGCACGACCUGAAGAUCCCCGUGCACAAUGAGGAGGCGUUCCAGCAUGGGGUCAGGUUUGAGGUGAAGUUCAUUGGCAGUGUGGAUAUUGUGCGACCAAAAAGCCGUAUGGAGAUUGUAGCAGCGAUGAGGCGGAUACGGUCUGAAUUUAAAAUCAAGAAAAUCAAGAAAAGAAAAGUCAACCUUAUUGUGUCAGUGGACGGUGUCAAGGUGGUUUUGCGAAAGAAGAAAAAGAAUAAAGAGCUCAGUUUGGAUGAGAAUCAGGUGACUCUGGCCCAGGACCCAAUUUACAGAAUAUUCUAUGUUUCCCACGACUCACAAGACCUGAAAAUAUUCAGCUAUAUAGCUAGAGAUAAGAAGAGCAGUGUGUUCCGCUGUAAUGUCUUCAAGUCGAAGAGGAAGAGUCAGGCCAUGAGAAUAGUGCGGACUGUGGGCCAGGCGUUUGAGGUGUGCCAUAAAGAGAGUCUGGAUAGCAUUGAUGCCUGGCUGAUGAAGGGAGAGGAGGAGAAAGACAGUGAGGAGAAGACUUCUGUCCCAGACACCAUCCCAAAGGACCUGGACUCAACUCUCCUCAGCAAGAACACAGAGGAUUCGAUCCUCCUGAUGGAGACAUGCGAGGUGUCCUCGGCUCUCUCUAGCCCCCUGUCUGUCAGCCACCACGCCCAGCUCCUCCAGAAACAGCUUCAGCAUCAGGAGCAGAAGACCCAGGCUGCCUCAGCACACGCGGCACUCCUUCGUCAGCAGCUCAGUGUGGAGGUGUCAGCAAGGACGGAGGCCCAAGCCAGAGUUCAGCAGCUCCUGGAACAGAACACACAGCUGCUACAGCAUCUCUCUUUGCUUGUCAAACACAUCCAGGAGUUAGAGCUCAGGACAUCCACUCCCUCCAACAUGGGAUCUCAGGACAGUCUGCUGGAGAUUGCCUUGCGGGCCAAUGUGCCCACAGUUCCAGAGGACCCUACCCUGUCUCAUGCCUCCCCACUCACAGAGAGCACGCUCCAGGCCACGGAGGACUGCCUGGUCCAGCUGGAGGGCUUUCCAUUCCGACCAGGACCAUUUGACCCGGAUAAGCUGGACCAGGAUCAAGACCAGGACUCAGGCCAGGGUCAGGAUGAGGACACCCCAGUCGAGGACUCCCCUCGGGGGGAACAGUUCUUUGGGGCGAGAGACGUGCCCAGGUUCAGGGAGUCGGGCAUCGCCUCUGAUUACCAGUCCAACACAGAUGAGAGCGAUGAUCGAGACAGCUGGGAUCAAGACGAGGGGACUGAACAUCUUCUGGAUCUGUGA